AUGGGUAUACUAUUUCCUCCAGAAGAUGAUGAUCUAUAUUCUGACAUUCCAAGUCAUAAGGCAUUUACUCGUGCAUAUCUUUCGACAGUUACUGCAGACCUUGGCCAGGACAACUUCCUGACAUGUCCACUUGGUAUACUGUUCACACUCGGUAUCCUGUUAGGUUCUGGUGGUGCUGAAGGUAGAACAGGUUAUCAAAUUGGAAAAACAAUGAGACUGAGAUCAACAUAUUGUUCAUGGGAUUCUUCGGAUGCUGAAGAAAAAGCGAAAUCAUUAUAUAAAGAGCUUAAUGACUCGCUUACUUCAGAGAAAACCUUUUUAAAUGAGAAAGAAGAAAAGGUUGUUAGAAUAUCAACAGGUAUAUUUGUACAAAAUAAUUAUGAAGUUGAAAGAAGUUUUAACGAAAGUAUUGAAAAUGACUUUGAAGGCGAAUUGAAACAGGUGGAUUUUCUUAAUCCAACUAAUGCUACACUUGAAAUCAAUGAUUGGGUUGAUCAACAGUCUAAUGGUUUAUUGAAAAAAUUCUUUAUAGAUGAUAUUCCAGAUGAUACUGCAAUGAUACUGGUAAAUGUUUUCUACUUUAGAGAUUUUUGGGAGAGUCCAUUUGAGCCUCAUUACACUAGAAAAGAGAAUUUUGAUAUUUCGCCGAACCAUCAAAUAACAGUUCAUAUGAUGACUCAAGAUGCAGUAAUGAUGUAUGGAAAAUUCGAAGAUGAAGGAUUUGAGAUCGUCAGUAAAUCAUUAAAUAACACACGUUUCUCAUUUGUUAUCGUGUUACCUCUUGAAAAGUGGUCGUUAAAUGGUUCAAUGGAACUUUUGAAUGGCAAUAAAGUUUUAAGUGAAUACGUAAAGAAUUUGAAAGAGACGACAGUGUCAUUACGAUUACCGAAAUUUACAUUGAAAAAUACACUUGACCUUGUGCCGACAUUGAAGUCUAUCGGUGUUGUCGAUUUGUUUGAUCCAGUGAAAGCUGAUCUGUCAGAUUCAGAUGAACCUAGAAAGAAUACAUCAGUGCAGAUUGGUAACACCGUUCUUGGAAAAUCCGAUCAUAAUAAUAUCGACUGGAAAAGUCUCUCAUUAGCUGUAGUGUGGUUAUGUAGAUCAAUCUUAGAUUCAUUAUCUGCAGAAAUGACAUCUAUAGACAAUGAAGUGAGUUAA